AUGAAAGUAUAUGAAGACAAGCUAAUGAAGAUAUCUGACAAUUUGCUGAUGGGGGUGAACGGUGACACGGGAGACAUAGCACAGUUCAGCCAGUUCAUAUCCAAGAACCUCAAGCUAUAUUCCGUGAGAAACGGAUAUCAACUCGACACAAAAGCAGCUGUGCAUUUUACAAGGACCAAUAUGGCUGACAUUUUGCGAAAAGGGAAUCCAUACGUAUUGAACUUACUUCUAGCUGGUUAUGACGAAAAAGAAGGUGGACAACUGUACACAAUGGAUUUUCUUGCUUCUUGUGUGAGGUUACCUUUUGCUGCUCAUGGCUUUGGUGGUCUUAUGAGUGUGAGCAUUCUGAAUCAUUACUAUAAGCCAAAUCUGACUGAGGUGGAAGCCUAUGAGAUAAUCAAGCUUUGCGUUAAGGAAAUACAUCGACGGUUGUUCAUGAAUCUACCCAAUUUUGGAGUGAAAACUGUCUCCAAAGAUGGUGUCAAAACGUUACCCACAAUCAGCCAAGCUUCCUUUGUGGGAAAGUAA